UUGAUUUGUCAACAUUGUGUUUUCGAAAGACAUAAGUUCGUCCACGCGUGCUCUUUUUGUUUAUAAUCCGGGACCGACUUUUUGUGUUAAUUAUAUUUGAGCUUUAACUGUUGAAACGGAAAAAUCAUUUUUCGUGUAACGGCAAUCAGCGAACAAGUAUUUUGCCAUUUAUUAUGGGCGAAAAUAACCGUUCGAGUAGCAUCGUUGUGGAAGAUGUCGACAGCAAAUUGAAGCAGUACAUGCUGAUCAAUAAACAAAUCAGCAGGACAUUGAGUACACAACGGAUCGAAAUUUCUACGCUGAAAAAUGCAUUGCGAGCUUCUGAGGCCGAAUUAAUGCAACUACGAAUGGAUUGCUACAAAUAUCAGACUAAAUACGAUGAGAUCACGAAAUUGUACAUAACUCACGUCACUUCGUUAACGUGCAUUCUUAAAACUAACGCAGACACAUUCAACAGCAUAUCGGGUGCUAAUAACCUUCAUGAAACUUGCAAUGCUUUGGUAGACCAAAUUGUAGGUAGCCCAAAGUCGUCAGUUCCGCAGAACGUUGAUAAUUCACGCCGAGUUAGUAAAUCGUUUGAUUCGAACAAAAGUCGAUCGCAGAGGCGGAAUGAUGACAGCGUAGCAGAUUCUAUGGAUACCAUCGAGGAGGAAGAUGAAAAUGAAAUUUUUGCUGACGUUUCUGCCGAGCUACCGGACUCAAGUGGUGCAAGUGGAAGCGAUACCAUCAUCGACAACAGUAAAGUUGAAAGUGACGAAGAGAGCAAGGACAGUCUGGAUGGCGUUUUAAGUCCUGUACAAACAGGCAACGAAAUUUUAGAAGAAAGCCAACUGGCAGAUGAGCAAAGUUGCAAAACUGAUGGAGUAAAAGUUGGAGAUGAUGAAGAAAGUGGCGCUAGUGACGAUGAACGCGGUGGCAGUGAUGAAGAAAGUGGUGCCAGUGAUGAAGAAAGUAGCAAGAGCGUUGAAGAAAAUAGCAAGAACGUUGAAGACAAUGGGAAGAACGUUGAAGAAGGUGGUGUCAGUGAUGAAGACAGUGGUGAAAGCGAUGAAGAAAGCUGCGAAAAUGAUGAAGAAAACAGCGCAAGUGAUGAAGAAAACAGCGGAAGUGAUGAGGAAAGCGACGGAAGUGAUGAAGAAAGCGACAGAAGUGAUGAAGAAAGCGACGGAGGUAAUAAAGCCCAUGACGAAACUAAUGAGGAGAACGAAACUAGUGUUCAAGGAAACGGCGUAGCUCGUGAGGAAAGUGAAUUUACUGUUGUCAGCGUAGUGGAUAAUGGGGUCAUUAGUGGAAAUGAAUCAUCGGAGGAGGAAAGUGAUGCGGAAAAUAAUUCCGAAAAUUCCUAUUCCCUCAAUCAAACCUCAAUACUCGUUGCUCACGAUGAUUCAACCAUAACGAACGACGAUGAUUCCGAUAAGGAAAAUGAAACGGCCAACGAUACCAUUAGCACACACUCGAUCAGCAAAAAUACUUCAUCGGUAAUUAGUGUUGACAGUGACACGUUUGAUAAGUCCACUCCGUCAAAACCGUCAAAGAAAUUGCCAGCGAACAAGAAGAAAGCCACCACCGUGUCCGAUCAGUCAAUAAGUCUGACCUACGGCAACAUGGAAGAACAAAGCUUAGUGUCCAGUACACCAUAUCGAAACAGCAAUCCUAGCAGUGAUGCAUCGGACGAUACAACCAUUCCAGCCCAAUCAUCCAAAUCGAGAACAUCGAGCAGAACAUUAUCAACGACAUCUCAGUCGUCCACUUCGAGCAGCGUCUCAUCGGGCAGGCCAAGACGGAAAGCAGCACCAGUGGUCCUAUCCGAACCGAAAUUGAAUACAAAACUUCGACGUCCUCGUUAGGGAGAAAUAAUUUUUCUUUAAAUUUUUGUAAAAUUUGUAAAUAAACCGGACAUCAGUCG